ACGGAAACGGACCAGGAAAACACUGACUGGAGUCACAGCGAGGACUAACAGCUACUUUAUACUUUAUAUUUCUACUGCUUCUGUCCAAACGUCGACUACAGCUGGAGUCCAAGUAUUUAAAAGGAGAUUCAAACGAGCAGCUUCUGUCCAGGGGCCGGAGAAUGAACACGGAUCUGGAGGAGCAGGAAGACGAACUGCUCGCUCUGCAGAGUAUCUUUGAUUCGGAGGAGUUCGUCCGAGAUGAGUCGAAGUCUGCCGGAGAAAUCCGAGUGUCUGUUGAGCUUCCCGCAGACUUCAAUGUGGUUCUGAAAGAAGGUGAUUCUCUGAGGCAGUAUGAGAUUUCAUUCCUCCCACCCCUGCUUCUGACAUUUGACCUCCCCCAGGACUACCCGUCCUCCUCCCCUCCCUCCUUCACCCUCACCUGCAGCUGGCUGACUCACCCACAGCUCCAUGCAUUGGGUGUUCAGCUCACUGAUCUCUACCAGGCCACUAGGGGCGCUGUGGUGCUCUUUUCCUGGGUGCAGUUUCUCAGAGAAGAUGCUCUGAAGUUUCUAGACAUCCACAGUGUGCUGGAGCUUCCAUCUGAUGAACACAACACAGAGCUCUGUGACCAGGACAAAGACAGUGCUACUCUCUCAGAACCAAAUAAUAUUGAACACACUCCAACGUCUGAACCCACAGAUGACCAACACUGUGAUGUGUCAGAUCCAUGUGAACCACACCUCCCUGGAUCAUCUUCGCAAGUUCAGGAGAAUCCUUCAACCUCAGAUGGGAUCAGCACAGACUCUCAGGGAGCUUGUGCUUUAGACUCUCAUCAACAGACUCAGACCAGAGAUUCUUCUCCAAACAAACACCAAACCUCUGAUCUCUCUAUAACUCCAUCACAAGCUCUCAUGUCCCAGAUUUUGCUCUACAAUGCAGCUCAGAAACAGAAACUGUUUACCACCACCUUGUUUGACUGUGGUGUUUGUUUCAUGAGCUGGCUCGGUUCAGAGUGUGUGCAGCUCUUCCAGUGUGGCCACAUCUUCUGCAAGCCAUGUCUGGGCAAGUUCUGUAAGGUCCAGAUAAAAGAGGGGAACGUCCGAGGCGUCACCUGUCCUGAGGCAGACUGUGGUGGCAGCCCUACACCUGCACAGGUGAGGAGUCUGGUAGGAGAGGAGCUGUUCAGCCGCUAUGAUCGCCUCCUGCUCCAGUCAACUCUGGACCACAUGGCUGAUGUGACGUACUGUCCUCGGAAUUCCUGUGGUUCGGCUGUCAUUGUGGACACGUCCAGCACUGCAGCAAUGUGCUCUGUGUGCAACUUUGCCUUCUGUGUCAAAUGCAAAAAGACCUACCAUGGAGCACAGGACUGUCAUACAAUGAAGACAGAAAAGGAAGACAUAAUUCCACAGCGAGGCUACGCCAGUCUGCCACAAUCAAAAGAGGGGUUGAAGGCUGUUUGGGACGACUAUUCCAGCGCCAGCAAGGAGAGGAAGCGCAUCCUGGAGAGAAGAUACGGCCGUGAUGUCAUGCAGGGAACUCUGACUAUGUGGCUGAGUGAUGACUGGAUAACCGAUAAUUGCAAGCACUGUCCUCACUGCUUCUGUAAAAUACAGAAGAUCAGUGGAUGCAACGUGAUGACAUGUACUCGGUGUCACCAACUGUUUUGCUGGGCCUGCCUCACCAGACUGGAAAAAUAUGGAUCCGAUCACUUUCAGAGCAGUGACUGUGUGCAUUAUCCCCUAGAUUUUGCAUACAGAGCCUGAUUUACACAGGUAUUUGCAUCAGUAAUAAUAAUGUGGAGCAAUUUGUUUCAGCCACAGUUUAAAAUAUUUGAGACUACAUGGUCUUUUAAUGCACAUGGGCUAAAAAGUGAAAUAAUUUUCUUCGUCAGAAAUUUGAAUUUGAAAACUGACAGCCAUACUGUGUCAUACUGUGUCUCGGUCAGUAGAGGGCACUAAAUAACAAGAAUGACAAAACAACUUGGACAUGCUCACAUCUAACAUUACAAGAGUUUACCUCGAUAUCCAAUUAAAAAUGUGCUUUGUCUAUCAAUAUUUGUUUAUCUAACAAUACUCUGCUGUAAGCUUUACUGCGACAAUCUUAUUUAUAAGUUGAAAAAGAUAAAUAAUCUAUAAAACUGAUUGCCCUGUUUGCUUUUUCUGAAGCAAAUUGAGGAUUUAUACCGGUUGUCCCACCAGGUAUGAUUAGGAUACUUGGCAGGGCUGCAGCUGAGUAUUCAGUCUGUAUUUUUUUCAAAUAAUUGGUCUACAAAUUCAGAAGCAUAGUGCCCAGAGCCUAUGGUGAUGCCUUCAGGUGUUUAGUUCAACCAACAGUCCAAAAACAGAAGAUAUUCCCUCUGUCAUAAAAGGCUAAGAAAAAGCAAAUAUUGUUGCACUUUUCUUGACUGUUGAUCAGUCAGUCGAUCACCUGAUUAGAUGUUGUAACAUUCUUUGCAGCUCUAGUGCUUCAGGAAACACUUUUCAAGGUACUUGCAAAGUUGAUAGGAGUUUUCAAUGUGCAAUACAUGUACUGUGGUGAUGUUAUGAAGCUAUAAGACAAAAGUGCACUGUAAAAUUAUUUCAUUAUAACCUUUGAGCAUGGAAAGAGGGCUGACACUUUCACAGCUAUAGAUACUGUACAUGCGGUUGUAAAGACUGCAGGGAAAGCCUCAAACUGCUGCUCUGCACAGUCUAUACAGGUUUUAUUUCCCUUGAAACAGCAGCUUACAGGUAGUUUUUGGGCGUUAGGCAUCCACUCACUCAUUGAUUUCCUGUUUUUGAAACGUCCCCCUCCCUUCCUCCCCUGUUCUGUCAUAACAGUGGAACAAAGACCAGAGUUGCAUGUCCCCAGGCUGCCCGCGGCAUGAUCGGAAAUCUGCAGCUGUCUCUCAUAUUAAGCCAAAGUGUUUGUGUUCCUGUGUCUCUUCCAGGAAAAAUCCCAUGUCUCUACACAGGGGUCAUCACUUCCUCAUAAAUGUCUAAACAACUGUUUGCCUUACUGACCUGCGGUGCUGUAGCAGGGCCUGGAGGACUGUAACUCAGACUCCUACUGUGGUUGUGCUUGUCCAGCCUCUUGGUGGUUCCUGUGAGACUGAAAAUAGGAUUGAAAAGACUCACAGAAAAUAUUGAUAUCAAGGAACUUAACGGAGCAGUUAAAACAUGCUUAGAAAAUAUAAGAAGGCACUUGAGGAAAACAGGAACAAAAACUGACUAGUUGAUUUAGGAUUAAGAAAAAAACUGCAUGGUGAGUAAAUAAUGCAGAAGUCUUGUUCACAGGAAUCUUACAGACUUACGCUGCAUUGGCUUUUGCAUCAAUCCGAGCAAGAUUUGAAGAAAGACUAGCAAUAGAUCUUUUGCACCCAGGACAUUUAACUUGUCAUAGAGAAGUGCAGCUGAGAUAAUUAUUUUUAUAUAAGUGCUUUACCUGCCAUCAUCAGCAACAAUGUCUGCUGUGAAGAAGUCUAUCAUGUCAUACGUCCGGCAGAGAAUGUCCAAACUAUUCCUCAUUUAAACGUGAAGAAACCACUAGCAGCACAGACUGAUCUGCUACCUCAGCUGUACACCUAAAGAUGUAACACUUAUCAGUUUUUUAAUUAGCUUUAAAUCCAUACUGAACUACAUGGAGCAGAAAACCUGCUGCUGUGCUGAAGACUGCAGUUUGACAGUGUCACACAUGAAUCCAUCAUCUGUCAAAUGAAAUAACAGAUUGGUCAAAGGUGCAACAGGCACUAAUCCACAUGGAGCUUUACAGCAGGAGUUGAUAAAGCUGUGCUCAUGUCCACACCAACACAUCGAGUUUAAAACACACAGCAGAUGUUUGGUGUGUUCCUGCAGGACGUACUAAAACGCUUCAUUUUCACUGGAGGAGGUCUUUAAAUCUUCUUGGUAUGGAACCAUCCCCACCCCAACCCCUCCUGUUAUCCCUCAUCCUCCUCAUCCCCACUCUCACCCCAACAAGUCGAGGCAGAUGGCCGCCUUCCCUGAGCCUGGUUCUGUCAGAGGGGUGUUUUUCCUCCUCGAUAACGGUUUUUUGUUCCUUCUCACCGUUGUGGACUGCUUGCUCACAGGGAAUCCAAAGGCAACCCUGGAUUACGUAAUUCUCCAUUCUUUGUUUCAAAUUCAUGUGAAGUUCUAUUAGAAGACAUAUGUUGUGAAUUUGUGCUAUAUAAAUAAAACUGAAUUAAAGUGAAGUAAACAAAUAACAGAUGAUAAGAAAUAUGAAUUACAGUUACAUCAAAGUGCAGAGCUGCCUUUUAACAUUCCACAUUUGCAAUUAAAUAAGAUGGGACCAUCAGUGUGAUCCAUUUACCCCUGUGGUAUUGUGAUUUAAAAAGAAUAUUUUUUCCUUCUAUUUCCUGUAUGAUUUUGAAACUUUCCCUUACAGAUCAUGUAGCUCCUAUGAUCACUAAAAUGAAAUAUUCUGUAUUAUAUUUUAUUAUAUAGUAGUUAUGCCUCCAACCAACUGUGUUUUGUGUUAUAAUACACUGCUCGGCCAAAAAAAAAAGUUGCACACCCUAAUAUGUUGUUGGACGGCUUUUAACUUUGAGUACGGCACUCAUUCUCUGUGGCAUCGUUUUGAUAAGCUUCUGCAAUGUCACAGCAUUGAUUUCUGUUUAAAGAUGCAUUCAUUUUUCACCAACAUCUUAUAUUGAUGAUGGGAGAGUUGGACAAAGUCUUCUCCAGCACAUCCCAAAGAUUCUCAGUGGGGCUGAGGUCUGGACUCUGUGAGGCCAAUCCAUGAGUGAAAAUGACGUCACAUGCUCCUUGAUCCACUCAUUCACAAUGUGAGACUCAUGAAUCCUCACAUCGUCAUCUUGGAACAUGUCCAUGCCAUCAGGGAAGAUAAACUACAUAUUCAGGUAGUCAGCUGACAGGUCGCCAGUCUAUCGCAGGGCUACAUAUAGAGACAAACAAUCACGCUCGCAUUCACACCUACAGGCAAUUGUGGAAUAAUCAGUUAACCUCAGCAUAUUUUUUAUACUGUGGGAGGAAGGCGGAGUACCCAAAGAAAACCCACGCAUGCACAGGCAGAACAUGCAAACUCCAUGUAGAAAGAUCCCGGGAAGGCGGGGAUCUUCUAACUGCAAGGCAAAAGUGCUAACCACCACACCACUGUGCAGCUCCUCACUGCAUCAGCUAGGGUUAAAUAAGUUGUUGCAGCUGAAACAUAUUCAUCACUACAGUAAUUUUCCAAUGGAAGGCUCUUACCUAUUUGCUCAGUUAUAUCCAGGUGGUGACAGGCAGUGUUUGUUUCUUUCUUCUGCUGAAUAUAUAGUUUCACAACUGCAUGAUAUGUAUCUACUCUCAGGUUCUGAUUUUACUGGAUAGUUAAGAAUAAUUUGUGUUUAGAACUGCUGUGUAUUUGCAGUUUGACAAAUCAGACCACAACAUCCCAGAGUGCUGGUCCUGGGUCAGUCUGCCUGUCUUGAGAAACACAGACUUCUACAUUUAUCAGUGGAGAUGUGAUGUUUGUGUGUGUGGGAUUCAUUUUUUUCAAUAAACUGGUUCAGUCUGCUUCAUAUUGAUGUCUGACUGAAGGAGAGAACCAUCAA